ACUCACAGGCCGCUGCCGGAUGAGCACCAGCCUACUUGCGACAAGACGAGUGACACGCACACACGCACACGCGCACGAGUACCAUCAAUGGAGAGGGUUUUUCCGAACAGGGAGAAGGCGAUGGAGGACAGAGAGGAGAAGCCCAAGGUGCCGUCGAGCGACCCGGAGCUGGCCGACCUCGUGGCCGGGGAGCAGCCGCAGCUGCAGCGGGAGCACCAGCCGCCCAACAUCUCCGAGAUGAAGCCGCUCACGCGGGAGGCCUACGGCGGCGGGAUGUACGCGACCGAGGAGGGGCAGGGCCGGCGGAGGGACCCGGCCAGGCCGCGCGCCAGCGCCACGCAGAGCGCAGACGGGCCCGAGGAGGCCAAGGCCGCCGGGAAGCCCAGUCACCCGCCGCCGCCGUCCACCGGCGACCGCGACCUCGACAUCACCGGCCAGUCCUACAUCCAGUAGUAGUAGCCUUUGGAGUUUCAGUUUGUACUGUGCGCCGCGCUUGCCGUGUACAUUUUGCUGUGUUUUAGUACGUGCUUUGUGUACGUGUCAAGCUGUUGAUUUCCGCAACUUACCAACGAAUAAAGAAAGGUUGGCUGAUCAGCCCUUUUUCUUUUUA